AUGCCCAAGUCCAAGCGCGACAAGAAAGUCUCCCUAACCAAAACUGCCAAGAAGGGCUUGGAACUGAAACAGAACUUGAUAGAAGAGCUUCGGAAAUGUGUGGACACGUACAAGUACCUCUUCAUCUUCUCCGUGGCCAACAUGAGGAACAGCAAGCUGAAGGACGUCCGCAACGCCUGGAAGCACAGUCGGAUGUUCUUUGGCAAAAACAAGGUGAUGAUGGUGGCGCUGGGUCGGAGCCCGUCUGACGAGUACAAAGACAACCUGCAUGAGGUCAGCAAGAAGUUGAGGGGUGAAGUUGGUCUCCUCUUCACCAAUCGCACUAAGGAGGAAGUGGACGAGUGGUUCACGAAGUACACGGAAAUGGACUAUGCCCGAGCAGGGAACAAAGCCACUUUCACUGUGAACCUGGAUCCGGGGCCCCUGGAGCAGUUCCCCCACUCCAUGGAGCCCCAGCUGAGGCAGCUGGGCCUGCCCACGGCCCUCAAGAAAGGUGUGGUGACCCUGCUGUCCGACUACGAGGUGUGCAGAGAGGGCGACGUGCUGACCGCAGAGCAGGCCCGCGUCCUGAAGCUUUUCGGGUAUGAGAUGGCUGAAUUCAAGGUGAGCGUCAAAUACAUGUGGGACGCGCAGUCCGGAAGGUUCCAGCAGAUGGGAGAUGACUUGCCAGAGAGUGCGCCCGAGUCAGAAGGAGAGUCGGAGGAGGAGGACGACGACAGCUGA